AUGGAAAAUGACGAAUUUGAACUCAUUGAUAGAGAAACCUCAAAUGAUGAGACAUCAGCAAGUGAAGAAACUGCAUCAUCUCCAGAUAAUUCAGAAAAUAAAACACGAAAGCAUACCAACCGAUCACCUAUUAGGGACUAUCUUAUACCAACCUCUGAUGGAGGUAAAAAGUAUAUGAUUUGCGAACAACUAUUUGGAAAUUUAACCGCAAUAAUGACCAUUAAUAGGCAUUUUCAGAAUUUUCACCCAUUAGAAUAUACUAUUAUUAGUAAACUUAAACAAAAGCGACUCAACCCUUAUAGUCCAAAUGAUAAAUUAAAGGUGGAUGCCUUAAAUGAUAAGUUAUUAGAAUGGAUAAUCGUGGACCAGCAAGCAUUUUUAUUAAGCGAAAGUAAAUUGCAUCGAAUCCUACUCGACUUCAUUCCAUUCGAUGAAGCCCAUACUGCAGCAAACCAGGCAGAUAUGAUAAUUAAACUCUUAAAAGAAAUGGGUAUCGGCCAGAAGCUUUUGGGUAUUACGACGGACAAUGCCAGUAACAUGAUCUCAAUGAGACGUAUUUUAAAAGAAAAGCUACAUGUUGAAUUUAAUAAUGAAAGUGUACAACAUUUUCGUUGUGGCGCCCACGUUCUUAACCUUGGUGUUGAAGAAGGAAUAAAAUUAAUCAGCAAAGAAAUUAAAAAAGCAAGAGAAUUUUCAAUAAAACUUAGAAACUCUCUAUCAUUAAUUAGAGAAUUAAAAAAAAUUUUGAGAUGA